AUGGAACAUGGCGCGUGCAAUGUUGUCUACAUUGACCGGCGGGCCAACGACGAGCACGUGCGGAAGGAGACGCUGUCCAAGUCGCUCGUCGCGCGAACCACGACUGGCAAUGUAGGACAGAGCUACUUUGCUAUCGGCAAGACGUCGCCGCGCGAAGUGCACGACAAUGUCGAGGCGAUGCUGUCCAUUUCUAACGAAGUACACAUCUGCAGCACCGGCAGGGCCUGCCUACAGAAGAUCACCCAGCUCAUCGAGUCCACCAAAUCCAGCAUUCCUACGUUCGUCAUAAUAGACAUCCCAUACGAUGAAGAGCAGCGCAUGAAGCGCCUUUCUCGCGAACCGCGCACGCCCUCGCCUACAUCCUCGCGCCUCACACGUUUAGAUACGAGCGAACCCGACGAUAUAUACGCCAUGCACCUCCUCACCCACAUAUCCUCCGAAAUCUCGUCGCGGAAUUUCUCCAAACUCGUUGUACCUGUGGUCAUGUUGUCGGGUCUAGGCACCGAAGAGCCGUCCUCAGCUGGUCCGCUGCCGUCUCCAGGCCUACAGGUGUCUUUCUCGCUCGGCGACACUGUUCGAUUGACGCGAUACCUGGAUGCCGGCGCUGUUGACGUCCUGACGAGUCCAAUGUCAAGGGAUCGCAUGCUUGGCUUGGCCGUCCAUGCCUAUCGGUUACAGAAGGAGUUCUCUCGAGAAGAAGCAAGCUUUCUGACUACUAAGCGUAAUCGGAAGCUGUCUUGGGUCGGAGUAGACGACACAAAACCUUACGCAUAUCUGCGCGAGGCGAUGGUGUCGAAUCUCAUGACUGGUAUCUGUAAUCCAGAGACAGUAGGCGACUCGCUUGAAUCUACGGAUUUCCAUCUCGACGUAGAUCGCCAAAUCGUCGUUGAAGCUGCCAUCGGUACUUGGGCCUUCUCCGCGCACGACUACACCGAUGACGAGCUUCUCUAUGGCGCUUUCGUCAUGCUCAAGCAUGCAUUACAAAUGCCCGAAUUAGAAAGAUGGGCGAUAACCGAAGACGAGAUGAUCGUCUUUCUCUUGGCCAGCCGUACUGCCUACAACGAGUUCGUCAAGUACCACAACUUCCGUCACGUUGUCGACGUGCUCCAGGCUCUCUUCCACUUCCUCGUCCGAAUCGGCACCCUGCCUCCUUAUCCUUCGGAUUCGUCCAACACGUCCACCCCGAAAUCGCCAAUCGCUGAGCUUCUCAAGCCCUUUGACGCGCUUACCCUUUUGAUAUCCGCCAUAGGACAUGAUGUUGGCCAUCCAGGAGUCAACAACGCUUUUCUAGUCGCAUUGAACGCACCGCUAGCGCAAUUGUACAACGAUCGAUCCGUCCUAGAAUCAUUCCACUGCGCUGCUUACUCCCAAAUAUUACGCCGUUAUUGGCCGAGCGCAUUCAAUGAUGCUGCGAUGCGCAAGCUCAUGAUCAACAAUAUACUUGCGACAGACAUGGGCCUCCAUUUCAAGUACAUGAGCGACCUGGGUAACCUGCAGCAGAAGGUUGCGCAUGACAAGGGCGUGGUCGACGGAUGGAGUGCGAAAGUACAAGAGGAACAAAAGGACCUGACAUGUGGACUGCUCAUCAAAUGCGCAGACAUCUGCAACGUGGCUCGCAAAUUUGACACCGCUGCCAGGUGGGCCAACAUCCUGACGGACGAAUUUAGCAACCAAGGACUCAUGGAAGAGGAGCUGGCGAUGCCAUCAUGUCUGUUUGGUGGCCCACCUGUUCGGGAAGACGUCAUCAAACUUGGCGAAUCCCAGAUUGGUUUCAUGAACAUCUUCGCCCGGCCGCUCUUCGAAGCCGUCACGGACAUCUUACCGGCGAUGCGCUUUGCUGUCGACGAGAUCCUGAUCAAUAAGGGUGUUUGGGAGAGCAAAAUCGACGAAGAACGACAGAGGAAAAGGAAAAGCAAGAGUAUGAAUCUUGGUUACCUGUCAUCUGGUUUCACCGUCGAUCCGAGCCCAAGUCCUUUGUCUGGAGGGCCUAGCAAGCCCGCUAUAAAGAUACCUCUGAGUGCCAUUAAGACCAUUUCUCCCGAAGAAGCGGCUCGACGAGGAUCGACAGGCUCCAUACGCUCCAUUCAAGCUGCGACAGCUGAAUCACGAAGAUCCUCUUCGAUUAUUGACAAAAGUUCAAGGCGAUCUUCAACGACCGCUGUUCCUGGCCAAAGAGCCAUGAGCUCUGCUGAGAAUGCCACUUCGUCGAGACGAGGAAGUAGAGACCCCAGCCUCACUGCGAUCCUGGUGACUCAGACACCAAACUCGUCCGAACAGAAAGGGCAAGCUUCAGGUUCUGACGAUCGGUCAAAGACUGACCGUAAGGACACUUUGACGAGGUCUUCGUCACCAAAGAAGGAGAGGGAGUCUCUUGGUGUUAGGCCAGUCACAGCUCCUUCCCAGGCCAGGCGUAGUCAAGUUCUCGACCCUUACCCCGCGCAACAGCCGUCGUCACAAAGCCACUCCCAGGUCGAUCUCUCUCAGGCGGCAAAUGGAAACUUUGAUGGCUCAAAGCUGCAGCAAUGGGACACCGGCAACAAAUUGAGUGCUGACAGUAACGCCACACGCUCAGAUGUGUCGCGCGACUCGAGCUGGUGGCGACACGUGAGCACCAAGCGACGCCCUCGGGAUGUUAGGAACGGCGACGCGGACGGACGGGCUCCGCUGAGGGAAGUUAUGCCGGACUCACUGGUGCCUCCUCCGAACAGCGACUCGACGACUACCUCGCCCACAUGCUCUAGCCCCGGCAGGAAGACAACGACGGGGAAGAUUAUGAGCUUCUUCAAACGAAAGCCCAACAGCCAUAAGGAGCCCGAGAAGCAGUUGUCUAGCUUCGGUAGCUCCUCUCAGCUGCGCACACCACAGACGAGCGAUCCUGGGCGAUCACUCAACAGCGACGAUUGA